UGACUGCCUGGCUGCUCUGACUUAAUUGCAGGCACAACAAGAUCUCUCUUUUCUUUUUUGAGAAUGACCAACACAUCACCAUUAUAUUUAUUGCCUUCUGUCACUUUGCCUUUGACAAAGUCGUAUGAAUACUACAGUCCAGUACCAACUCUAAUCGCUGAAAACAUACCCAACAAGAUCAAUGAGCCGUGCGUUUUAGGUGUCGAUGAAGCUGGUAGAGGACCUUGUUUAGGACCCUUGGUGUACGCAGUGAGCUACUGCCCAUUGUCUCGUCACCAAGAGUUCAAGAAGCUUGGAUUUAUGGAUUCAAAAAAGUUGACAGAGGAUAAAAGAACCGUGUUGGCAAAACUCAUUGAAGCAAAUGCAGACUGGAUCGGUUGGGCAGUAUACGUGAUCGCGCCCCGCGAUAUUUCCUCUGGCAUGUUUAGAAGGCCUGCAUAUAAUUUGAACGAGAUGUCUCAUGACGCAACAAUUAAAUUAAUCAGACAAGUCUUGGAUAGAAAAGUGAAUGUGGAAGAGAUGUAUAUCGAUCCAGUUGGACCCUCACAAAGCUAUAAAAACAAAUUAUCAUCUCAUUUUCCUGGUAUCGCUAUUACGAUUGAACCUAAAGCAGAUUCGAUUUACCCCAUUGUCAGUGCUGCCAGUAUUUGCGCCAAAGUCACCCGAGAUCAAAUUGUUCAGAAUUGGCAGUGGACAGAAACUGCGUUAGAAGGUAAAGUGCCCAAAGAUUUCGGAUCUGGCUAUCCUUCUGAUCCCAACACGGUGAAAUGGAUGGAUAAAAAUGAAGAUGAGUUCUUUGGAUUUCCCAGUAUCAUGCGUUUUAGCUGGAAGACUAUUUCAAACCGUAUGAUCCAGACAAGAACAAUUGAAUGGUCUGAGGAUGAAGAUGAUGAACAAGAACCAACAACGAAACGUGCUAAACAACUGCAAGAAGAGAAGGAAGCGCAACGUGAAAGAAAGAAAAAGAGAGCUUCAAAAUACAAUCAUCACCAAAAAGGAAAUAUCAAUCAACAUUUUAGUUUGGACACCACUACCAAUUUUGAAUAAAAACUUUUUUUUUGGGG